AUGCCGCUUUUGGCCAAACCUUGGCACAUUGAUUUUAACCCCCUUUCUGAGAAGUUCAACAAAAUUCAAGUCUGGGUUAGGCUUCCUUACCAUCCCCUCCACUUGUGGGCUGAUUCUCUCUUUGAGGAGAUUGGUGAUGCUAUUGGGAGCUUCAUUAUGGUGGAUAAUGAUUCCUUUGAGCUUUACCAUACUACUUUUGCUCGCAUCCUAGUUGAGCUAGAAGUUUCUAAAGGACUGCUAGCGGAGAUUGCCAUUAAUUCCUCUCUUGGCAGUUGGGUCCAAUCUCUGGAUUACGAAGGUAUUCCUUUUAGGUGUCGUAGAUGCUUUAAAACCGAUCAUGUGCUUGGGAAUUGUGGGCUUGCGAAGAAAAAUCUUGUUGCCUCAUGGUGGUUGAGGGCUUCUUUCCAGCAUUACACGGUUAAGAAAUCUUCGGAGACUUUUAAUGAAUCAUUGGGUGUUGGGGUUUCUGCUUUGCCUGGCUCGGAUUAUUUAUUGGCAAUGAAUUCUUCGGACACCACUACGGAUGUUCCUGUGAUUAAAGAUGUUAAACAAGUUGUUGUCUCUUCUACUGAAAAUGGUUUGUUGUCUCCUACCCUGCCGGUUGUUUCACAAUGUGUUGGCACAACUUUUGCCCCAUUUGUUGGUUGUGAUUCUGUGCCCGCAACGAUUGUCGCUCCCUCUGCUGACACUCUUUUUUCCAGUCCGGAAAGAUUGGUGUUGGGCCCUUCGGAUUGGAUAGUCGUGGAAACUAAAGUUGAAGAAGGAUGGAUUACUGUAAAGGGGACACAUUCAAAGACGUCCACGCCUUCUUUUGAUAUGACUAUUCGUUCCCAUAAGGCCAAUUGCAAAUCUUGA